AUGGCGCUUCCCACCAGCCUUUACUUGGCCCUCGCGCUGCUCAGCCUUACUAUGCACGCCGCACACGCAGCCAACAUGCCCGCCGGCGGUUGCCACACUCGUUAUGUCUGCCCCUACAUAGACAACCUCGCUACCGCAACAAUCACGGCAUCCACGUACCAAAACUACAAGUACAUCGGCGAUUUCCAGGGGCUCUUUAACACCCAGGGCGGCCAGUUCGCGCCGCACCAGCGCGGGUCGGGCCCUGUGAAUUUCGAGCGGUACACGGAGGUGGGGACCAUUUUCGCCGUGGUGAAGGGCGUCUCGCGCCUGGCGGGUGAGAAUGCCAGGGUGGCGGGCUUCAUCGACCGCAUUCAGUGUUACCUGCUGGAGAAGAACGGCGGCACGGGCACGUCAGGCUCCUUCAAGACGCCCAUGGCGGGCGACGCGGCGACGCAGGCAGCGAACACGGCGACUUACCCGCUGAGCUUCGUGGGCGGGCUGUGCAACGGCACGGCGCUCGUCGAGAACGACCCGCAUCUCACGGGUGCGCACGGCACGCACUACGACUUCACGGGCCGCUUCGAUCGCUCCUUCUGCCUCUUCGCCGACCGUCGAUUCCACGUCAACAUGCGUCUCAACGGCUACCAAGGCGCGCCGCCCGCCGUUUCCACAUCGAAUACGGACAAGGAGUCAAGCACGGAGCUGCACACGUGGAUUAAGGAGAUCGGCGUCGUGUGGAUGACGCCCGACGGCGCGAACCACACGCUGCGCAUGGUGGCGCGCAAGGGCAAGCAGCAGGAGCGCGGCGACAACGGCUUCCUCUCGCUGCUCGAGAUCGACGGCGCCACGACCACCCCUCCCAGCGUUGGCGAAUCCAUCACGACGAAUAGCGGGCUGGUGGUUACCAAAAUCGCGGAGGAGAAGGAGGGGCCGUUCGACGUGGAUCAGCUUCAGGUGCGCGUGGUGGGGCUGGGGGAGCUCGACGUGCGCGUGCGCGUGGUGCAUCCGCUGCUGCAGACGCCGGCGGAGGCGGAAACGCACUUCAACGUGGAGCUUUCCGACGUAAAGAUGACGUCAGCCGUGCACGGCGUGUUGGGGCAGACGUUCAGGAACACGCCCGAGCAGCUGCAGCGCGCGGUCAAGUACUCGCACUUGGCGGCGCUGCUGCACCACCCGGUGGACGUGGAUAAGGCGGAGGGGCGGGGCUUCCUAGACGGGCAGGUGGAUGACUACACUGAACGAAAAUAUUGUCCUUAUGCAUUCGAAAUAGUACAAGUGGAAUGGGAGAAAAUCCCUGCGGCUUGGUGCAGUGAGCUGAUCGAUAGCAUGCCUAGGCGUGUGCGGGCUGUGCUCAAGGCCAAGGGUCGCUGGACCAAGUACUAG